CUCUUGAUAUCUUCUCCUUCUGCAUUACAGCACAAGCCUCAUCUUGCAUCACCCAGCCAUGCAGUCCCACUGUGCUCCAUCCUGUGCCAUCCCAAGCUGUAGGCCCGUCCAUGCCCUUGGCUCCUGUGGCAUCGGCAGUGGCUUUGGCAGUGGUGGUUUCGGUUUAGGUGGCGGAUAUGGCAUGAUGGGAUAUGGCGGUGGCUCUGGACUUGCCACCUCAGCCAGCAGUCUUGGUUUGGUUCCUGGUGUCCCCGUGUCCUGCAUCAGCCAGAUCCCUCCCUCCGAAGUGGUGAUCCAGCCCCCUGCGUUCUCUUUGACCAUCCCGGGACCCAUUCUGGCCUCCAGUUGUGAGCCUUUGGCUGUAGGGGGUUAUUCCCCAUGUUCCUCUGGAGGUUACGGUAUGUCCGGAGGUUAUGGCUCCUCCCGUUAUGGACUGGGAAGUUCCUGUGGGUACCUGGGGGGUGGCCGAUCCUAUGGGUCAAAGCGUAGACAGAGCGUUUGCGGAUACCCCUGCUGAACAUCAAGCCAAUUGUACGUGACACCUCCGACUCCAGGAAAUUGGGUCCAAUUUUCCCUUCGAGCCCGUUCUCCAGAAAAGCACAGCGCCUGUAUUUCAAGUCCAAACUACGAACUGCUUAGCACUCCUAAACCUCGUGCUUUGAACCUAGAUGUGCUUCUUCCUCUCUGAUGUUUCUAUGGCUUAAUGUGACUCCCUCCCUCCGUUGUGUUAAUGUAGAGCUGGUAUUUCAGGCCACGGAGACCCAAAACUGCUCCAUCUUCUUCUGUAUCAUC